CAUGUAUCUCAUCUUUUGGAGAUCAACAGCACUAUUUUGCCUACAACCUUAGAUUCCAAGUGCCUGUUUAUUUAUUUAUUUAUUUAUUUAUUUUUCUUUCGGUCCAAUUGCACCUUCUCCGCGUGCCACAGUAAAUUAGACGUUGGAAGAAAGCUCUUUGCAUUGUCUCACUUCUGGGCUUGGCUCGGUAGCACGUCGCCUCCGCCGCCGGCCAGGUUGGGAGCUAUGCCGUACUCAGACGACCUAUAUGCAUCUUUGGAAGAGGAGGAGGCGCACAUUGAACUCAUCGGCGAGACAUUGACUCAAGAUGGGAUCCAGGGGUUCGAUCUGACUUCGGAACACGUUCGACCAGACACCAGCACCACUGACGCCGUCGUCGCGUCUGUGGACCACGACACUGGCGUCGCCGGCGAGGAGGAGGAUCCACAUGUAUUUUCGCCUACGGAUGGCUAUUUCGGCACAGCGCCUGGAGCAUCUUCCGGAACUUUGGCACCGGCGUCGUCCAAUGUCCCACACGUGCCCAACGUUUUGGUCGAGGACCCGUCUCUGCAACGGGACGACGCCGAGGGCAAGGCGGCAGAGGCAGCACGGGAGAGACUGCGCAAUGACCGCGAAGCCCCAGGCUCGGACGAUGGCGACGCAUCAGCCUCUGCGUCCCAUACCCCGGCGCCGUCUCAUAACGGUGUCUCAUCGGCAAGCGCCGUGACACCCACCCCUACCUCGCACUCGGCGGCCACGUACUACGCCCCGUCAUCAUCUAGCCGCUUUCCCGGAGUUGCAACUCUCACCUCGUAUACCACCUUCUCAACACAACGGCGGUCUGCGUACCCCAGUGAGCACUUUCCCUUCAUACCCAACGAGGCGCCCCCCGCGUACUCGCCGUCCCCUCCGGUACCGUCAAACACGCAGCAGCGCUUUGAGGGCUACAGGACUGUCACGCAGACCCGUGACGCAGCCAUCAUCAACAUGGGGCGGCCGGAAGAAACCCAAGGGCUUCUGGCCCGUCAGCCUGAGAGUAUGCGAGACCAUAACGCCCAUGACGUCGAGGAGAUGUCCCCAACGUGGUGGACCCGCAUGAGGAGGGCCAGGGAACAUGCUAGCUGGCGAAGCUGCAAGUUUGUGCUGAUCGCCCUGGUUCUCUUUGUCGUGACGGCGGGGUUCCUCACCAGCAUCAUCACUGGUCCGCCUGGACGUACCGGAAGUGACAAUCCUGCCUCGGACGAACCCCAAACAGACCCCGGGCAACCCAACAUGAGCUACCCCGACGUAGACGGCGACUUUGCCUGGGAUAGUACCAGCUUCUGCAAGGAUGCCAAGAUCCAUCGUCGCGUCCAGACUUUCGUUGCCAACCUCGGCGCCGACAAGCAGCUUACGUUGCUAGAGCGGACUGUCGAUGAAGACGGCCGCCGCGGCUGGGGCGAGGUCCAUGUCCAGGGUGCCGUGGUCUUCCGCAGGGCGGGCCCUGAUACACCUCAGUCUGCCGUCACGCUCGAGGUUGCCGUCACUGAUGAGCGCCUGGAUGUCACCUCCUCUUGGGAUGCGGAGGCAGGGACGCUCGAAGUUCUUGUCCCUCACCGAGUCGAGUGGAGCAAGGACAGACCGCGAGCAUGCGUCAAUGUCAAGGUCACGGCGUGGAUUCCCGAGAACAGCAAACUCGAGCACCUAAACACUGAUGUCGUGCACCUAGACAUCAAGCUGCUCGACAAUCUCUCCCUCACCGUCGAAAAGGGCACCGCACUCACCAGCACCGUCGGCACUAUCACCUCGGCCUCCAGCGGCACCGCUGCUCGCGACGACAAGCUCGUCGACACCACCAACCCGCCUCCCUCAUAUGACUUUCACUCGCGCAUUAUAGACGUCCACACCACCGCGGCGCCCAUCACCGGCGUCUGGCCACUGUACGACUACCUCGGCCUGCAUUCUACGGCCGGAAACGUCCGCGUAGCCAUCAACCCCAAGGAAGCCGACGCCGAUUUCCCGAAACCCGCCAUUCUGUACGUCAAGACCCUCUCGGGCGACGUCAAGGUGCGCGAGCCGAUUCACGCUGCUCAAGCUACCUUCCACAUCGCGCAGCAUACCUUCUCCGCCGGCUCGGCCGACCGCCGGCGAGCGGAAGCGCAAGCUGAGGCGUACCUUCCGCCGCGCGAGUACCGCGUCGACGUGCAUACCUCCAGUGGCGAUAUCGACGCGGCCGUGGCGUUUGGCUUGUCGGGCGGAUUCAAGUCCACCUCGGGUACCGUCAGCCUCGAACUGCUGCCGGUCCUGGACGCGACUCAGGCUGAGCCGGGUGCCAGGACGGUGGAGCUGUCAACGGCUAGCACCAGCGGGGCGACGGACGUGAAGGUCCUGGAGCCGCUCUGGGUGGACAGCUUCCCAGCGGCCGCUGCGACGCAAGGCGAUGGUGGCGGUAGCAGCGGGAAGCCGAGGUACGUUGAUCUGAGCCGCCCGUCGUCGUCGCCGUCGUCGUCAUCUGCGCGGAGAACCGGGGGAGCGAAAGACGAGGAUGACGGAGACAGUGCGCCCCCGCCGCUGCGGUGCCUGCACAGCACGCACAUGACCACGACGGCAAACAUCAAGCUCCGGUACCCGGCCAGCUGGGAGGGAGAUAUCAGCUUGGGGACGCUCACGGGCUCGUUGCAGGUCGGCGGCGACGGGGUCAAGCUGAUUAAGGCGGGGAGCGACUGGCCCGGGAUCAACAAGUUCCUGCUGGCGAGGAAGGGGGAGAAGGGAGAGGGCGGCAGGCUGACGGCCAAGAGCACGAGCGGCGACGCCAAUGUCUGGAUUGGCGGCGAGUCGGCUGCGUUGAGCACAGAGAGGAUGUGACACGCAGAAGACUAUAUUAGCGAAAAGACGGAGGAGGGAGGUGUUUUGGAACCGGAGAAAGAAGGAUGAACGGUGGUCUGCAGAUGAGUACUAGGAUGGUAUUAGUCCGGAGAAGCUAAGGAGUCGGGCUCUUGGCAUGCGAUGAGAAUAUAGGCGUGGAAUGUGUUCUUUCUUUUCUCUUUAUGACGGGGGAUAUCAUGGUAGCGAGCUGGAUUAUGUCUAUGACUUUUGAUAAUCUUCUCCAUUGAUCAAAUCGUCAGGAAACCAAAUAUACUAGCCAAUCUAAACAAAAUUUGACGUUGCCC